CGCCCGGCUCCGGACCGGAGCCCAAGCCUCAGCCCCAGCCCAAGCGGGAGCUAGUGUCAGAACAGGUGUCGGAGCCAGUUUCUGAGCGGGUGCCAAGAUCGGAGCCUGAGUCCAAGAAGAUGUCGGAGCCCCGGCCAGGCUUCAGACAGGAGUUGGAAGUGCUGCCAGGCUUGGGGACCGGGUCAGGGACGGGGUCAGGACUCCGGCAAGAGUUAGGCUCAAGCGUGGGGGCUGGGCUCUUCACCAAGGCCCCAUCCGAGCAGGUCCUGGCGCUGGGGCCAGUAGUGGGGAGCGUGGCCUUGACCAAAGUCGAGUCAGGGUUGUUGCCGGCACCAAAGCCCUCGCGACCGGGACAAAUGAAGACUCAUCUUGGGGCUCCGGUGACAGGGAGUGGCACGACCUCCUCUGUCCCGAUGGUCUUACUACCACUGGACAGCUUCAAGGGCUGGCUUCUCAAGUGGACCAACUACCUGAAGGGCUACCAGCGCCGCUGGUUUGUGCUCAGCAAUGGCCUCCUGUCUUACUACAGAAAUCAGGGUGAAAUGGCCCACACCUGCCGUGGCACCAUCAACUUGUCCACCGCGCACUUUGACACGGAGGACUCUUGCGGUAUCGUGCUGACCAGCGGGGCCAAGACCUACCACCUCAAGGCCGGCUCGGAGGUGGAGCGGCAGCAGUGGAUCACUGCCCUGGAGCUGGCCAAGGCCAAGGCUGUCCGCAUGAUGAGCAGCCACUCAGAUGACUCUGGGGACGACGACGACACUGCCUCCCCGACCGACAGGACCGAGCUGCACGACACCGUCCGGAACCUCUCCCUGAAGCUGGACGACCUCAGCACGUGCAAUGAGCUGGUGGCCAAGCACGGCGCAGCGCUGCAGCGCUCCCUGAGCGAGCUGGACGGGCUCCGGACCCCCUACGAGAGCAGCGAGAAGCUGAAGGCGGUGAACGAGCGGGCCACCCUCUUCCGCAUCACAUCCAAUGCUAUGAUCAACGCCUGCAGGGACUUCCUGGAACUAGCAGAGACGCACAGCCGGAAAUGGCAGCGUGCCCUGCAGUAUGAGCAGGAGCAACGCAUCCACCUGGAGGAGACCAUCGAGCAGCUGGCCAAGCAGCACAACAGCCUCGAGCGCGCCUUCCGCAGCGCCCCCGGCCGGGCCGCCAACCCCAGCAAGAGCUUCAGCGAGGGAAGCCUCCUAACCACCAAAGGCGAGGACAGUGAGGAAGAUGAAGAUACCGAGUACUUUGACGCCAUGGAAGACUCCACGUCCUUCAUCACUGUGAUCACCGAGGCCAAGGAGGACAGAAAAGCUGAGGGUGGGACCACAGGCUCUGUGGACUGGACCUCAUCAGACAAUGUGCUGGAUGGCGCCUCGCUUGUCCCCAAGGGCCCCUCCAAAGUCAAGAGGCGUGUCCGCAUCCCUGACAAGCCCAACUACAGCCUUAACCUCUGGAGCAUCAUGAAGAACUGCAUCGGCCGGGAGCUCUCUAAGAUCCCCAUGCCGGUCAACUUUAAUGAGCCCCUGUCCAUGCUCCAGCGGCUGACGGAGGACCUGGAGUACCACCACCUGCUGGACAAGGCGGUGCACUGCACCAGCUCAGUGGAGCAGAUGUGCCUGGUGGCCGCCUUCUCCGUGUCCUCCUACUCCACCACCGUGCACCGCAUCGCCAAGCCCUUCAACCCGAUGCUGGGCGAGACCUUUGAGCUGGACCGUCUGGAUGACAUGGGCCUGCGCUCCCUGUGUGAGCAGGUGAGCCACCACCCGCCCUCUGCUGCCCACUAUGUGUUCUCCAAGUAUGGCUGGAGCCUCUGGCAGGAGAUCACCAUCUCCAGCAAGUUCCGGGGGAAAUACCUCUCCAUCAUGCCGCUAGGUGCCAUCCACUUAGAAUUCCAGGCCAGUGGGAAUCACUACGUGUGGAGGAAAAGCACCUCGACUGUGCAUAACAUCAUCGUGGGCAAGCUCUGGAUCGACCAGACAGGGGACAUCGAGAUUGUGAACCACAAGACCAAGGACCGGUGCCAGCUGAAGUUCCUGCCCUACAGCUACUUCUCCAAAGAGGUGGCCCGAAAGGUGACAGGAGUCGUGAGUGACAGCCAGGGCAAGGCCCACUAUGUGCUGUCAGGCUCGUGGGAUGAACAGAUGGAGUGCGCCAAGAUCGUGCAAAGCAGCCCCAGUAGCCCCAGCUCGGAUGGGAAGCAGAAGACGGUGUACCAGACACUACCAGCCAAGCUGCUGUGGAAGAAGUACCCACUGCCGGAGAACGCAGAGAACAUGUACUACUUCUCGGAGCUGGCCCUGACCCUCAACGAGCACGAGGAGGGCGUGGCGCCCACUGACAGCCGCCUGCGGCCGGACCAGCGGCUGAUGGAGAAGGGCCACUGGGACGAGGCCAACACGGAGAAGCAGCGGCUGGAGGAGAAGCAGCGCCUAAACCGGCGCCGGCGGCUGGAGGCCUGCGCGCGGGGCUGUGGCGCGGAGGAAGCAGAGAAGGAGGCCGAAGUGUACAUGCCGCUGUGGUUCGAGAAGAGGCUGGACCCGCUGACCGGGGAGACGGCCUGCAUGUACAAGGGCGGCUACUGGGAGGCUAAGGAGAAGCAGGACUGGCACAUGUGCCCCAACAUCUUCUGAGCGCCCCCUCCUGCAAAUACAGGCGCCUGCACAGCCUAGUCCACCUUUUAUUUAAUGCACUCAAUUUAGUACUCACCCGCCCUCCCACUCCACCUUUUUCUUCUCCUUUUUUUAAAUAACACAUUUUUGGGGCUCCUGCCUUGUAAGGAGGAAAUGCUGACCCGGGUUCUCUCCAGCCCCCAGGUGCCCCGGGUCUCCCACACCCCUUCACUAUAGACUCGGGCCCCAUCGGAACCACUGCUCCAGUUACCACAAUUCCAGUUUCCACAACUCAGGCAGGCUGGCCCCCGCCCUGGUCACCAGCCCCACCCAGGGAGGAACUCGUCCCUCCCAGGGAGCUGCUUUUGACUUUUUUAGAAAAAAUGAUCUCCAUUUCUUUCCAGCCAAGAUGUUUAGUAAAUAUUUUUAGUACAGCACUUAGUGGAAAACUUUCUAAGUGUGCUUUCUUGCCACAAAAGUGUCCUGGCAAGAGCCCCUUCUUUUUAAGACAUCAGGAAGCCAGACAGACCCCUCUGAGUUGGGAGCAUUUUGUAGCUCAAAUAGCAAAGCCCUUUGUAUCUGAGCUGCCCACCCUCCAGGAGCCCAGGACCCCCCAGAAAAGGGAACCAAGGGGCUGCCCUGGCCCAGGAGAGCACAAGUCAGUUGUCUCUGGAGCUACAGCCCCAGCCGCCAUGUGGAUUUGAGGGCAACAGCCCCUGCCUAGCCUUGGCCGUGCUGGGGCUGCUCCCCAGCCCCAAAAAGGCCAGGAAGGGCCAGGGGCCCAGCCUGCAGGUGCUCCUGCCCCAGAACCAUGCCCCAAAUCAGCAAUAAGAACCAAUCCUCAGCUCAGCCUGGGCUGGUGUCCUGGGCACCAGAGACUCAGCAUCCCGCCUCUGGGGUGCCCCAUCUCAGUACCCCCUGAACUCUUUAUUUGCCUGAUUUAUAUCUAUGAUAUAUAAAUAUAUAUAAAAUAGCUAUUUUGCUUAAAUUUGUAUGGUAUAUAGAAGUGCAAAAAUGAUGAAGACAGGGCACUCCUGUCUGAGUUUGGCCCCAUCAGCUGUGCCCUGCCCUCUCCUUGGACCCCCUUCCAAUGGCUUCUGCCACCUGUGGGGGGGGGGGGGACUGGGCCACUGUCCCAGCCCCUCAGGACCCACACUCCAACCUUUCCCACUUUUGUUUGGUCCUGAAAAAUCCAUCACAGGGUUUUACUUUCUACUCCAGAACUGGCUUUGUUUUUAUAAAAAAACAAAAGUGAAAACACCAAUGUGUGAAAUGCCUUAGGGUGCCCACUGGAGAGAGGGCAGGUGGGCGGGCGGCAGAGCUGUUCAAUGUUCCUCUUCUCAGCACUGUUUGUGAGUGAGCACCUUCUGACCAGUAAUAAAAAACCUUGGAUUUGGA